AUACAUCAGGUUUAUCCGAAGAUCUAAUAUCCACACAUCCGGGGAAGUGUGUACUGAAUAAACAUUGCAAAACUUCCUCAUCAGAGGAAGUGAAGUCGUCAUUUGGCAAACGAAGUUCGUUCAUUUGGAAAUCCAUAGAUUUUGCAAGGAUUUUGUUCACUCAAUUUUGACUGACUUCACUCAAACUGGAAACAUUUGUACAAAGGUUUUUCCAGCCGGAUCAUUCAGCAGACUGAAGAGCUUUCUGGUAGGCCUUGCGAUCUGUCCUGAAAGCCUUCGAUCCAGCCGAACGUGUGUCGUCUGUUCCAACUCUUUCCACAUUGUUUCCUGAGCUUUGCCAGAUCAGAGUUCCACCAAGGGGUUCCUCUUGUGAUCUUCACAGAUCGCAGAGGACAUGCUUCUUCAACAGCUUCCAUGAUGAAGGCAGUUGUAGUAUCAACGGCAUCAUCUAAACCACUUGGAGUGUCAAUGAAUGGUGAGUAUCCAUGAAAUUUAGCUGCUGCCAAAUCGGUAAAGAGAUCCUAGUUGGUUGACUGGGGGUUCCUGAAACGCAAAGUUUGCGAAGUCACAUUCACAUGUUCAAAAAAGAUGUAGCGAUGGUCAGUUAAAGAUUCUUCAUCUGACACAUGCCAAUUGGUCAGCUCGUGACUGAUUCUGCUAGAGCAAAGCGUUAUGUCUAACACUUCCUCUCUACCAGAUACCAUUAACAUGGGCGGUUGCCUAUGUUAAGUAAUCCAAGAUCUGUAUGGUAUGUGGGGGCAAGAUGGGUCAGGGGGCAAGAUGGGUCAGUACCGUUUUCAAUCGUACUAUUUAUUUUUUGAAUCUUUCUAUAAUUUUCCUAGAUGAACGACGUGGAUACACAAAAAAGUGAUAUAUUGUUUUGAAAAUUCUUUACGUUCCUUACGCAGAAAAAAAUAAAAUAUUUUUUCGUUAUACUCCUUAUGCUAUACAUUCCAUAUAACUACGUGAGUUAACGACGUUGCCAACCAAGAGUUCGACAUUCCACACGGCAGUUGGCAGAGUCAGCAGAAACCAUCCCGAUGGUAACAGCGAUCGAUAGGUCGAUGGGUCGGACGUGGUGCCCAUCGCAUGAGGUGCUGAUGCAGCAGCUACCGGCGUACGUUCAUCGGUUAGGUGUUACUUAGCUAGGGCCAAUAAAGUUAGUCUUUGGUCAGGAGUAAAGAGGUGUAGACCUUUUUUUAAAAAGAAGUCCCGGUGGUGAAACUCCGAACUGGCGCCCGAAUAGGGACCUGCUGAAGUGGAAAUCGUAUAAGUUCCUCGGUGAAAAAUCGUAAAUUCAGUGUUAGUGCAAAAAUCCUCGAAAAGUGGAAUAUCACAAACUCCACACGAUUGGUCCAAGGAGCCAAGUACAUAUCACAAAAGGGUCCCACGAGCCCCACCGUAGCAACCGAAGCAGAGAUCAGGACACAGUAGCCAGCCGGCUCGAUCGUCAUCAGGGCCCCCAGUAGCACCGCAGCAAACAGGACAACCCGAAGUGACUGCCUGGUUUCUCUCCACAAGCAGAGGUUCCCGAAAAUCAUCCCCAAAAGUCCAAUGAAGGUGUUGGCAAUUUCAUCUUCUAUCCUUUGGAUACUUUGGACAUGUCAACCAACCGCAACUCAGACGAUAGACAUACGACAAAUAAACAACCAGUCGCUAAUCGCCCUCGACCACGGGCCAGCAAGGAUCCAAAACGGUUCAUAUUACUAUUUACACCAUUUCAACCUAACUUCAAUUAGAAUCUAUGUGGAUAUAUUAAGUAAUCAGUUUGAAAAUCUCUCACCAAAUCUGUUUUCACCAAUCAUAUCUCAACAGUUCAAAACUAUCCACUUGCUCCUUCAGAGACUUUCCCCCAUCAGGAGACAAAAGCGCUGGGAUCGGGUAGGUACGAUUUGGAAGUAUAUAGCCGGGACACCAGACGCUGAGGAUUUAAAAGUGAUUAAUUCCUCCAUCAAUAACCUAAUCUCAAAUAAUAAUCAACAGGUAAAGAUCAAUAGAGAAAUCACUCUCCAACUAAAAGAAGUAGCCUUCAAAACCAAAGAAGCGAUACAACUUUUCAAUUCAAAAACAACAGAGUUUAAUGCUAUAUCAAUUUUAGAAAACCUUAAAGUUCUGUCCCAAAAACUCGAACAUAUCUUAGAAACGAUUACAUUAGCAAAGAUAGGAAUUUUGAAUACUAUUAUACUUAGCGAUAACGAAAUCACUACAUUUAUUCAUGACUUAGCUAGGGAAAAGAUCAUCGUAGUCACCGCAGCAGAGGCCAUCUCCUACGCAUCUACAUCCAUCGCCACCAAUCAGAAAGAAAUUGCACUCCUAAUAAAACUACCGAAGCUCGACAGCAAAAUUUAUCAGAAGAUUCACAUACACCCCAUCACCCACAAUAAUCAACAACUCCAUUUACCGAACAGGAAUUUUUUGGUUCAUAACAACGAAACGCUCAUCGCCAACUCCCUAAAGUCGAAUAUAUUCAAGCUCAGUGAGGUAAGACUGGAAACGUCUACAUGUAUACCAAAUCUCCUACAAGGGCAGCUAGCCACCUGUAACUACACCAUGAAUCCAACAUCCGAAGAAGUCGUCACCAUAGACGAUCAACAUCUGCUGAUCAAUACAGUACGAAACCUCACCAUAAAAUCUGACUGUGGAUUGUCAGAAAGGAAUCUAUCGGGAGCCUACCUGAUAUCUUACGACAACUGUACGGUCAACGUGAGUAGCAUCAUGGUCAGCAACAUUAUCCAACACUUAACAGGAAAACCAAUUCAUUUAUCACUGGAUGGUCUUGCAAUAACCAAAGGCAAGCAAAUAUUUAAUCUGAGUUUGGAACAUCUAAACCUCCUACAAACGGAAACAAGGAGAGAUUUGGAGCAAAUACGUCUGGAGAACAACAGCAUCCAAUGGACCCCUUGGUCAAUCUUCGGAACAUUCUCGUUCACCCCUACCGUAAUCGGCUUAGCCAUAUUCUUUAGUAUUCUCGCCCACAGGAAAGCUAUGAAGAUCCAGUUUACCCAACCAUCUAGGGAAGUACCUAUCACUACGGACAUGAAAGUUGGCUUCCAACACACGAAUUUGGAAGAUGUAAUUCGGACGGAGCCUCAUCACUUGGGCCGGGCAAGUUAACGACGUUGCCAACCAAGAGUUCGACAUUCCACACGGCAGUUGGCAGAGUCAGCAGAAACCAUCCCGAUGGUAACAGCGAUCGAUAGGUCGAUGGGUCGGACGUGGUGCCCAUCGCAUGAGGUGCUGAUGCAGCAGCUACCGGCGUACGUUCAUCGGUUAGGUGUUACUUAGCUAGGGCCAAUAAAGUUAGUCUUUGGUCAGGAGUAAAGAGGUGUAGACCUUUUUUUAAAAAGAAGUCCCGGUGGUGAAACUCCGAACUCGUGUAAUGUGUAGACGGGGCAAGAUGGGUCACGCUAAUUUUUCGGU